AUGGUCCCCGGGCGUGUGGUGCAGGCCCAGGUCGGCCACGAGCCGUGCCCACUGAGCGCCAGGGCCCCCUGGACUCGCAGGUCGGGGCUCCAGGACCAGGCUGGGAACUCUAACUUCUGCAAACAGUGGUCCCUUGCGCGGGGACCUCCCGGGGAGUUCCUGGGCAAAGCGAGAAGGAUGGGAGACUUGAGCGAAACAGAAGCACCAGCACGCGACUUAGCCCGCGACUCAGCCCGCGGUGAAGGUGAAGGGCAGGUGAAACAUCAAGCCCUUUUGUGGUCGCUGGGCACGUACACCGGCAGCUGCGCGGAGACACGCUGCCCAGGAGGCAGGGCGAGAGGGCGGCAGGGCGGCGCCUCCCCCUGCGGGGGGCCGGGCAGAGCCUCGGGGCAAACGAGGACCCGGGGCGUCCGCGAGGGGCAGCUCAGGACGCUUCUGGAGCCAGCGAGGCGGCGGCUCCUCCUCGGGGCAGUCUGGGGCGCUCCUGCACCGGCAGGGCGGAGGCCGCUGCUCCGCUCAGGGCCCUGGGACGGGGGGCCCGCCGGGAGCCGACGGAGCCCCUGCGGCCGCUCCGCCCACGGCCGCGUCCAGCUCUGCCCGCUGCGCCUCGCGCGUUGUCCCAACACGGGCGGCAGCACUCGGCCCGCAGCCCGGCCCCUCCAGGAGCCGCGAGGCCGGCAGUCGCGCGCCGGACGCAGCGGCCGCCGGGAGAGGGGACCGUCCGCCCACCGACCGUCCGCUUCCAGCCGUCAGAGACCCGCCGGCGUCGGAGACAUGCCCACGUCACGUGGCGCCUCGGUCACGUGACGGGUCCGG